AUGUCUCACAAUCACAAAAGACGUGUCUACCCCCAGGCACAGUUUGCUGCAGGCCCUGCAAGCGGUGUUACUGCGGCCACCCUCAACCCGAUGAUUUCGACACCUCCCCCCACCCAGGGGGAAUCCUUCGGUGAUACCAGGUUGAUGACGCCAGUCCAGCAGCACAUGCACGAACAACUGGAUCAAGUCUCUGCAGGGGUGGAAAAUAUGCAACUACACAACGUGCCCGUGGUGAACCCGCAGAGUUUCUACCAGCAACAGUCGACACAGAUGGGCAAUUCUGUACACCCUCAAAAUGGCAGUAACCCGCAGGUGCAAAACCAAUUCAACGAGUCCAAUAAACCGAUGAAUGAGCUGUACACGGUAGACCUUAUGGCAAGCUUGCCACCCCCAAUCACUGAUCUAGACUUGCCACCGCCUCCUAUCUUGGUCCCCGCGGACAAAAUGGUGGUCGCCGGUGAGACGGUCAACGCAUCCUCUGACUACUUAAGGUGUACUUUGAAUGCAGUCCCCAAGACGCAAUCGCUGCUGGACAAGUCCAAAGUGCCGUUUGCCCUUGUGAUCAGGCCGUAUCAACACCUUCACGACAAUGUGGAUCCUCCGCCCUUGAACUCAGACGGGUUGAUUGUUCGCUGUAGGAGGUGCCGCUCGUAUUUGAAUCCGUUCGUCACGUUCAUCCCGCAAUCAAGAAGAUGGAGGUGUAAUUUUUGCAGACUGGCCAAUGACCUCCCCAUGCAAUUUGGCGGUGGAUCAUUUGGUGAUCCAGCACUGAUCAACGCUACGGACACGGUAGACCGGUACCAGCGGAAUGAAGUCAACCAUGCCGUGAUGGAGUACAUUGCACCAGCACAAUACUGUGUCAGGGAACCUCCACCACCAAUCUUCUCCUUUAUUCUGGACGUGUCCCUGAACUCCAUAAAGAAUGGCUCAUUGUACGCGGCAACCACGUCACUGAUUAACUCGUUGGAUAUGAUACCUAACUACAAGGGCAACACAUUGAUUUCCAUUAUCUGUAUGGACCACGAAUUACACUAUGUUCAAGUACCAAGGGACUCCGAAACUAAUAAAACACCAAUGAUACUGGAUGUCGGUGACCUUGACGAGGCAUUUUUACCAACGCCAAGGGGGCUACUGGUCUCCCUGACUGACUGUAAACAGAAUAUAACAAAAGUGCUACAAAGCAUCCCACAACUGUUCCAGUCGGCUGCCUCCAACAAGUCUGCUCUCGGUGCAGCGUUGAGGGGUGCUUUCAAACUGCUGUCUGUCAUUGGUGGGAAGAUUGUCGUUGUCACGUCAACUUUGCCCAAUAUAGGCCCAGCCGCAUUGAAGAUGAGAGACCAACCCAAGUUGGCCGACAUUGCCAAAGAGUACGGCGAGCUGCUGACCCCGCAGAAUCCCUUUUAUAAGAGCUUCCCCAUAGAAUGUAACAAAUCACAGAUCGCCGUGGACUUGUUUUUAACUGCCGACUCGUACAUCGAUGUGACGACGCUCUCCUCGUUGUCCCGAUACACCGGUGGCCAGACACACUUCUACCCUGGUUUCCAAGUGACGAACGAGGGGGACCUCACGAAGUUUUCGCGGGAGUUUACAAAGCAUCUCUCGAUGGAUACCUCAACGGAGUCUGUCAUGAGGGCUCGUGGGUCUCGCGGGAUCAAGAUGAAGAAUUUCUAUGGUCACUUCUUUAACAGGUCCUCGGACCUGUGCGCGUUGACGACGAUGCCCAGGGACCAGUCGUACGUGUUUGAGGCUCAACUGGAUGACACUAUCACCUCCGAGUACGCGUACAUACAGAUCGCGAUUCUCCAUUCGUCCAACACGUGCGAACGUCGCAUCAGGAUUAUCACGGUUGCGCUCCCUACAACUAACAACCUGCGGGACGUAUACGGGUCCGCUGAUCAACUGGCGAUAUUUGAAUACUUCAACCAGAUUGCGAUACAGAAAGUUAUGUACGACUCGUUGUCCUCUGCGCGUGAGCUUUUGAAAUCGAAGUUGCUGGCAAUUAUGUCGGUGUACAAGAAGGAGAUAUCGUCGAGGAACGAGGGCGGUAUAUUGCCGCUGAAGUUCCCAGCCAACAUGAGAAUGUUGCCCCUUCUGCUGCAUGCGUUGACGAAAACGAUGGCGUUUCGAGGCGGUGUCAUACCGGUCGACUACAGAAGUGCCGCUUUGAACUACUUGGAGAGUGCUCCCUUGAAAUAUGCCGUCCGGAUGGCAUAUCCAACGAUCUACUCUCUGCACGACAUGCCCGAGGAACUGGAUUUCCCCGUUGGUGCAGUUAAUAACUCGUUCAAAAGUAUACAGUCGUUUGGGCUGUACUUGAUCGACAACGGUUUGGAGAUGUUUUUGUGGGUUGGUGGUGACGCGGUGACGGCGCUUGUAGAGGACGUUUUCGGUGUGCCGAGUGUUCUGGAUGUCCAGUGCGGUAAGAUGGAACUUCCUGUGGUGGAAGGGUCUGCGUUCAACGCAAAACUAAGAAACGUGAUUGCAACUAUACGGAGUCGCUGCGACGACGACAGUGUUAAGUACGAACCGCUUUACAUUGUGCGGGGUGUAGUCGCGAACGAGCCACCACAGUACGGCCAUUCGAACAGGGAUCUUGCUGCGUUGAGGAUCUGGGCGAUGACGAACUUUGUGGAGGACAAGAUCGGUACCGCGGAAAGUUACAUGGAGUUUUUGCAAACGUUGAAAGUGAAGGUGAACAAGUAG